AUGGCUCGUGAGGACUCCCAGCUGCUCAUGGAAGACAUGAAGGUAUUCAUCGUUGUCAAGAGCCAGCUGGUUCCAUGCGUCGUGUGUGCGCUGACCAAGCCACACAAGAUGCGUUACCAACUGCUGAAGUGCUCCUCGGAAACAUGCAAGGAAGCAGCACCGUAUGACGAGUGUCUGUGGAAGGGGAAGGUGCUUACGUACCAAGGUUUGAACCGCGUGACGAUCACGGAGACCGUUGCUCACGAGACACUGGGUUGA